UUUCCCUUGGUCAAUUCUGAGAGAUAGUAAUGAGAUGAUGAAAAGUGUAAAUUUGAGCUUCUACAAGUUUGAGGAAUAUGAUGUUUUAACUUAGAUAAGUUAAGUGGAUAAAAAGAACUGAAAAUGACAACCCGUGCAGCAACAUUCAAUUCAAAGAUCAAGAAUCUAAAGGACUAUAGAUUUCGGAUUUUAAACAACUUGACCCCACAGCCCACUGGGAUUGAAAUCGAAAACACACUGAAGUACUUUUCCCAGACUUUAAGAAGUGUAUUGAAGGAUGUCCCCAACAUUCCAGCAGAGAGCUAUGGACCACGACAGAGGGACAGUGUGCGGCAGUCGGUUUUUCCUAAUCUGAACUACACAGGGUUGUAUUAUGCCAUCCUGAAUAUGAUUGACAUUGUACCUACAAUGCAGAUGAAACAGAUAGAAAUAGGGGAGUAUGUUCUUAAGGUUCUGGGAUGCCUUGUUCCAUUUUUGGAGCACGAUCUACUGGAUUCUCUACCUUACACAGUGGCUUCAACCUUAGCAAUAUUUCCUCCUACAUUACACAAGGACACCAUUGAUCUGCUUUGUAGCAACAUGCUGCCAAUGACUCUGGGUUAUGAUGGCUGCUUUGAGCCUUCCUAUGCCAGCGAGUCAGCUGCUGCCAUUAUAACGAUGGUUCUCCAGCAUACAGACAAUGGUUCAUUCCACUCACAGAUUUUAGAAUGCUUUAUGAGCAUUAAAAGAGACCUUAUUAAGGACAUCCUUAGUAUUGUGGCCUAUGGACCUUUCACUGCUAGAGCCCCUGCUGCCAAUCUGUUGUUUUAUUACUGGCCUCAGCUUAAUCCUGCACUGACAGAUAGAAGAGGAAUCCACUACAAAUACACAGCUUGGCCUCCAGUACUCUGUCAGAGACAAGGUUGUGUUAACUCAGGGAACUGUCAGGCUGUCAAGAUGUGUUUAAACCCUGCCCUGGCCAUUCACUCUGGAGACAAGCCCCCUCCCCUGUAUAUCUGUAGUGACUGCGCCGAUGAACUGAGAAAGGAACACAGUGAAUACAUCACAGAUAUUCUACUGCCAAUGUCACAUGUAUCAACUGUCUGUGAAAAUAAGAACUGCAGGUCAGAAGACAAUCUUGCUGUCUGUACAUGUUUCUCUAUUGAGUGUGCCAGCUACAAUGGCAAUCGACCAAUCAGAUACUGUGAGUACUGUGACAGCCAGCGCCACCACGGACAGAAAGGAGAGCUCCACAUCUACCACCGCAGUAUUCCAGAAAUAUGGGACUGUAACAUGGAGGUCCAGAGGUACCUUACUGAUGGCAUUGUCAGCUUACUAAAAGAGGCCCAGCCAAUAGAAAGCAAGCGUCUGCUGGAGAUGGGAGAAGAGUACCAGCAGACUACAGCUGAGGAGGAACAACUUCUGCUGAUUGAAGAAGCAGGGGAGAGAAAACUACUGAGUCGAUACGGAAUCUGGCUGCUGGUAGAACUCUGUACCCCCAGGGAGGAUAUUCCUAUUGAGGUGCUAGGACGCUUGUUAGGGAUGUUGUUCCAGUGGUUUGAUGCUACAGCCUAUUUACCUGAUGACAAUGUUGGAAAUGCCUUGGAGAGAUUAAAGGAUGAAUAUGUCUGUGAUUGGCUGGAUGAAGUGGCCAAGACUCACUUUGAGGUCAUUGUGUCCUGUCUGUUGCCACACCCAGUUGAGUAUGCCAGGGUGGGCGGAUUCUGGGACACCUUGUGUUCCAGAACAGUGCAGAUCAAAGAAGGCCUCAAUUGUUUCUUUUGUUUGGUGCCCUAUGAUGUCAUUACUUUUGAGAUAUGGGACUAUGUGAUGCCGUACUGGUUAGAGGCAAUCCGAACUGAAGUACCAUCAGAAGAUUUGCAUCACCUCAAAGUUUUGCUGAAUAAGUCUUUUGACAUGGACUUGUGCCCUUUACCCUUUGGUACAGACUCUGACAAGAUGUACCAUUUUAUAUCUGAGAGGUUUGAUGACAGCAGUGCUUAUGUACAGGAGCAAGCUUUACAAUGGCUACAGAUCCUUUCCACACUGGACAUCUACUUGCCAAUCCACAUGCUACUGAGUAUGUUUAUAUCAGGAGUACAGAACAUGACAGAGCUCCUAAAACAACAGAGUACAGCUGAACCGGAAUCCCCCACCAAGGAAACUAAGCCCUCCCAACCCCGCUCCUUCCCCCAAAAUUCUCCAGAAGAAGAAUGUCCCCCUCCCCUCAGUCCAGCUAAGUCCCAUGUGGUGGUGGAGGCAUUUGAAAUUUAUGACAGGGAGACGGAACUUGUGCUGCCUUGUUACAUUAUGAUGCUGGAUUUGAUUUUGAAACAGCUGGAGCUUCAAAACUUCCCUAAGUACCUUGGACUGUACAAUGAGACCAGCCGUCAGAUUAUGCAGUUACUGACCCUAAUGCUUGGGACUCGCUGGGAUGGCACCCACAUCUGUAGUGAUGAACAGCAGGCCAACAGUUGUAUGUUCUGUCAGAACACAGCUCUGUGGCACCAGGUCACUUCUCAGGUGAUGCAGAACUUCUGUCCUCUCAGCCAGGUGAAGAUUCCAACCAAGGAAAUUCCACGAGUGGACGAGUCCAAACGAUUAUCCACUACUCCAACAUGCAUGUCAAGGAAAAGUUCAGUGACUUCCAAUGAUGAUGUUGAGAGUACAGUGGGGGAGAAAGAAGAGGAAUGUCCAGGAUUUGAUAUGACUACUAUGCCUCUACACUUGCAGCUCCACCAUGCCUUCCUACAGGAACUUGAAAAUACAACAGAUACUGAUGCUGGGUUUGCUUUGUUGACAUCUAUGAAAUAUUUGAUUCUAAAUGGAGAGUGCUUGAAUUACACUGUGACACAGUUCCCAGAUUAUGUAAAAUUCUCACUCAGCAAGUACUUAAUUCCUAAUCUGUGGAAAUCCCUGAAAGCCAAGCAAUCCCAGCUGGCCUAUGUUUCUGUCCCCCUUCUUUUACAUUGUCUGACCCUCCCCACUGGGGCCGACGUCUUCUGGAAGCUGGUAGAAGAGGACUUCACCAAUGAUGAGUGGAAGAUCAGAUUUGCUGCUGUGGAGAAAGUUACAGUGCUGGCCAGAUUUUUAGAACCAGAUGGUCUACAGAACAACCAGAUUAUCCAGACAGCCCUGGCUCAUGCCUUCUGUUUACUGAUUGGCUCAGUGGAGGACAUCAAUGCAGCGGUUGCCCAAAGGGCCACUCAGUAUCUGGAGACAAUCAAAUUUGCAGCAAUCAAGUGUUUGUGUAAGUGUCUGGAGUUCCAGUUUGACCACGUGAUCAGUGACCGGAUCAUGAUUCUCCAGAGACUCCACCUCCUGUCUAACAUCAUGAAGGACCACGAAAUCCUCAACUGGGAGUUCUUCCUGGCUCGGUUUGACGCCCUCUCCCUCGAGGCUCAAAUAGAUCUGGAAAAUAGUGGUGAACUAGCUUGUCUUACAGAUCUGACAAGCAGUGAUCGAGAUAGUGAGCAUUUUUUAAGGAAAUUGAACCGAGCUCGAUUUGCCUUGGCCAGGACGGACAGUAUUCGCUCUGUGAGUAAAAGUGUAAAGCCGCCCUACAGACGAGCUGUGUCUGUUCCUAUGCACCUGCUGACAAAGACCACACCUCCCAAAGAGAUUCUCAAUAAGUGGAAGAUGCUUAUGCGUAAAGUCCUUCUGGAACAAGCCAAAGAGAAAGCUUGCAUUAGACAACAAUCAGCACCUCACUUCAACCUAGGCAGACGAAUGACCACCAGGAUGCAGUUCGGAGCAUUCAGUAACAUUUUUCCAGGAGGUAACAUCAAGGAGUUUACAGAUGAGGAGAGUAAUUUUACUGCCCUCCUGCAGAAAGCCAUGGACCUGGAGGGUAUCGACCGAGACACGGUGUACCAGUUAGUAGCCCUGUUGAUGAAGUUUAUGGUAACAGUGAAACCAAACGAGGACAAAAAGAAAGAUAACAGAACUCAGAACAUUGUACUUCGACAUCUGAAUGUUCUCUUGGGAUACAAUCAGACAGAAAAAUCCUUCAGUGUCCCCCCUCAUAAACUCAGAUCAUCUGCUGUCUUUAAUGCUUUCCUGAGUGGGGUUCCAUUUGUCUUGGAUCGUAAUUUUGACCUGGGGAACCAGAUCCUCCCCAUCACCCUGUUGUUACUGCAGUAUGGACCCUCCCCCCAGAGAUACGCCAGUGACUACCAGCCCCCUAACUACACACUGUGGUACAUGGAGCCCUAUACCCGCAUCUCCUGGCUAACCACACUGCUUGUUAUACUAUACAAGUAUCAGUUCUACACAUCCCCAGUAUCUGCCAUAAUUCAGACCCUGGUAAGAGUUGUGAUCAACACAAUUGAUGCUCAACAUCACCGCUGUAAGAAAUCUCACGAGGAGGGGUUCCUUCCACCCAGUCCUUCUAUGCUCAGGAGUAAAGAUUCCACAAAAUUGAAUGACUUGGAAAAAAUUCAGGAAACAGACACACCUCCACAGAGUCCAAAGGUCAAGGACACAGUAGAGGUGAACUUGAUGUCACCUCCAGAGUACAGCACUGUCCAAUACAAAACAAAUAACACAGGGGGUGUGUCUCCUUCAGAGGAAGAUCAAGGACAGGAGGUGUCUGAAACCCCCAAACGACCCUCCAAGCAAAGGAAACCAAGACGAAUCAUAGAGUACACAGAGCCAGAGGGGGAGAAAAGUUUUAAGUCACGGAAACAGUCACCAAGGAGAGCUGCAGAGAUCAGAAGAGGUCAGCAGAACGUCAUAUCCACUCCAGAAAGAUCCACCUCCCCAGCUCGUAUAGAGACAACCCACACUUCUGACGCAAAGGCAGACGCUCCUUCUGUUGACCUCAUCAUGGCCAAACAGCUGAAAGAAUUCAGUGAAAAGGAGGACAAGUCAUUUAAAGAUACAUAUUUAUCUGGUCCGCAGGUCUCUCAGACAACCGACUGCAGUAAAGGCACCAUGUUCAGCAGCAGUGUGACGGACGCCUCCAGUACGCUGACAGGACACACCUCCACCACUGAACACAGCAAUGACAUGACAUCCGAGGUAGAGAGUGGGGCAGAGGACAGCGAGAAGCAGACAACAUCAGACACUGACGGAGAGAAAUACACGGGGGGAGCCACUGACUCGGGGGAGGCUGACACACUGGAGGAGGGUAAAGCUUUGUUGCGGACAUCAAGUGUACUGAAAGGUAGUCAGCCCAGGUUCAGAGCUCGCAAGCCCAGGAAAACAGGACUGAUCACUGUGGAGCUACAGAAGGCCUUCCCAGAACUGAACGAACAGCUUCAGGAGGAGGCAGUCAGCAAACCAGGAGGGAGAAGAGCUAGAAAAAGUGAGUUGCUUGCCAAACAAAAAGCUGCCAAGAAAGCCUCAUCCUCUAGAUAUGGAGAGAAUGUCAUGGUAGAACGUUGCCCAGAAUGCAAUGCUGUUCUGGAACAGUAUGAUGAGGAUACGAUUGGUUACUGUAUCAUCGUCCUGGCAACCUUUAUACACAGAGAGCCUGCUUUAGCUACACCUCUCUUGUUGGAGACUCUGCAAUGUGUGUCCAGAAUUGCAUCAAGCAGUCCCUAUGUUUGGCAGGUUGACAGCAAUGUCAUGGUCCCAGGAAAUAGUGUGAGCAUUGCCAGACAGUUUAUAAGGUGUGUGCUGCACCAACUGGCUCCCAAUGGGAUCUUCCCAAUGCUCUAUCAGAGUAAUUUUGAGGAUGUGGAUUUCUUCAAGACUAUGGCUGCAGCUCUGGCAGACUUUACAGAGCUUCCUUGUCAUGCCCCCAUACAACUUCUUCUGGAGGGUUUGAACAACAAGAAGAGUCUGCCCUCGGACACCAUCAUCUUGUUGCUUAACAAUCUGGCAGACUACAUGAACUGCAUCUCUUUGGAGACCUCUGCUCCUAUGUGGAACAGCAUUGUGGGUAGUUUUGAAAUCUUCCUGAGAAAGCUCUACACAGUGCUGCCAACACCAUUUGAUCCAUCCUCACUUCUGAAAAUCAUGAUAUCUAUCCUGAAGGUGUCUGGGAUUAGUAACUCCAGGUCAAUAUUGGAGCCCUUUUCCAAACUCCUGAGCUUUACUAUCUUGAACUGUUCAUUCAAGUUACAACAGGUGCUGGACAUUUGCUCUCUAUGUAAUAGAGUCUUUGUCAAGGAGAGAGACAAGAUGUACUUGACCAGAACUGUGAUCUUUGAGCUUGUCCAGGCUCUCAAGUUCAAACACAGUUUACCUGAUGAAAACUUCCUGCUCUUGGUACAGUUUGUAGUGCUGGAUGCUGGAGGAACACUAGGGUCCACUAACAUCGUUAGUGAGAUGUUGAUGCUGUACAACCUUCAGAGUCAAAUGGUUAACAUAUCAAAGAACAAUAUGAAAGGGGGAGGAAGCAGCUAUUUGAAUGAGGACACACUUGGAAAUCAGCUGAAGUCUGGGAUAGCUCAGUUUGUUGCCUUGGAGAUCACUCGUGGCAAUGGCCGUGACAACAGAGCAAUAUCUCGUUACCUGCCCUGGCUCUACCAUCCCCCCUCCACAGUACAGCAAGGCCCAAAAGAGUUUACAGACUGUAUUGGCCACAUACGUCUUCUCUCUUGGCUUUUGAUUGGUUCCCUGACUCACACAGGAAUGACAGAAGGAACCGCCCCCAUUUCCUGUCAGCCAAUCCCAUUGGAUGCUAGCUCCUACAUUGCAGAACAUGUUUUGGUCAUUAUGACUGGAUUUGAUGAGAGAUCAAAGGACUCGGUAUUGCACAUGAGUUCCCUCUUCCAUGCUUUUAUCCUCUGCCAGCUGUGGACCAUGUACUGUGAGUCGACGGCGGCCCAGUAUCCUAUGGACAGUGAGAACCACAAACUGGCCUCCACCAUGGUGAUGGACUUCUGGGGGCGGGUCACGCCGGGGAUACUGCAGAUGUUAAACACUCCCAAAGAGUUGGCAGAAAUGGUCAAUCUUCAUUUUCUAAGUUUGAUGGAGGCCCUAAGGGAAUGCAAUUCUUCGGUUCUGGCCAAAUUGUACCCCAUGUGGACUUCAAUUUUGUUUACCUACCACUCGCAGUUGCCUGGACAUUUACAAGUGAGACUUCAGACAGUGGAGAACUGGAAGCCUCCCAGUACAUCUAAGGACCAGGCUUCCUUUAACAUCCUGUUGACCUGGCUAAAGCGCAUACAGUUCAAACUGGGUCAGGUGGAGGUGCAGUCCUCGGCUGCCACUCAGUUCUACUCUGUUUAAUCUGGGAAGGGGGUCAGAAAAGGCCAUAACUCAGAUCUAGUAAUCUGGGGAGGGGGUCAAAAUAGGCCACUAAACACUAACACAAUUGGAUGUAUUAAAUUGUCAUAAUCAAAGAAUGCUAGCUGGAUCAUGUAUUAUGGAUUAAAUCUCAUUCAUUGAUUUUCCUAACAUUGUAGCUUUAUAGAAGGCAUAUAAUGUUUAAGAUGGUAGUAUUUAAAGAAGUUGAAAUAAUAACUACUGUACAUGUACAUAUACUGUACAUAAAUUAACUUAUCCAAAAUUUAGCUGAAUCUCUAGUUAUUGCGUUGUUGGCAUAUUCAUACUAAAGCACCAUAUAUUUUAUGUAUAAACAAUUUCUUGGUGGUAUUCAUGAGUUAGUAUAUCGUUGUCCUAUAGCUAAAGCUGCUAAAGUAUGAAGCCUGCUUUUUAAGGUGCACAUACAGUAUUUUAGAGGGGUUAGGAUUUGAUUGAUGUAAGAAAAUUACAUUAUUUGGUUUUCAGUGUGAAGAAGUUCGUACAUUUUUGUAUAAAAAGUAUAAUUUAGUAGAGGAAUGUUCAAAUAUACAUUUAUUAGUAUUUGUUGUAUACUGAAAGAAUGUAUGACGGUAUAAUCCCUAUUAACUGCCCCGGGCGCUUAGAAAAUUGCGAAAAGGGGACGGUUAUUUUGGUACAUGUAUUCUCUUUAUGAUAUUUAAUGUCAUAUUUUAACUUAAAAAAAUCUUUUGAAAAAAAAUAAUAAAUACAAAGAACCACUAAAAUAAUUUCUAGCUUUUUAGCUCACCUGAGCCGAAGGCUCAAGUGAGCUUUUCUGAUCACAUUUUGUCCAGCGUCCGUCUGUCUGUCCGUCUGUCUGUCUAGCUGUCUGUCUGUAUGUAAACUUUUCAUGUUUUUGACUUCUUCUCAAGAACCGCUGGGCCAAUUUCAACCAAACUUGCCACAAAGCAUCCUUAGGUGAAGGGGAUUCAAGUUUGUUCAAAUGAAGGGCCAUGCCCUCAUUCAAGGGGAGAUAAUUGGGAAUUAAUGAAAAUUUGGUGGUAUGUUUUAAAAAUCUUCUUCUCAAGAACCACUGUGCCAGGAAAGAUGAAGCUUAUGGGGAAACAUCCUCAGGUAGUGUAGAUUCAAAUUUGUUCAAAUCAUGACCCCCGGGGGUAGGGCGGGGCCACAAUGGCCGACCAAAGUUUUACAUAGAAAUUUAUAGUUAAAUUCUUUAAAAAUCUUCUUCUCAAGAAUGACAAAGCCAUAAUUGAUCAUAUU